AGAUUGCAAAUUUGGAAAGCAAUUGCAGCCUGCUGAUUCGCGCCUGAAGGUUUGGAGCAGCUAGAGGGAGACCCAUCGCCGCCGCCGGCCGCCGCUGCAACUUCCAUCUCUGCCUCCGCCGCCUCUCUCGCCGUCGGGGCGCCCCCUCACCUCUCUCGCCGCCGCCUCGCCUCUCGCCGCUCGCCGCUCGCCGCCGACCGCCGCUGCAUCCUCCAUCUUUUCCGCUGCCUCGCAUCUCUCGCCGUCGCCUCUCCUCUCUCGCCGCUGCAUCCUCCGCUCUCGUCAAGAAGAAGGCAAUAGAUUCAAAAUUGUACUAGAAAUAGGGUAAAGAUGCCUACGGGUAAACAUCGCAGGGAUUCAAGACAAAGAAGAGGCAAAGGAUAAUCAAGGAAAUCGACAAAAUUGCUAGUUCAAUGGCUACCGUCAAAUUUUUGAGACUGUGUUUGCACCAGAAGCCUAAAUCAGUGGCUGCUUUUGGAUUUGGAGACCCCAGAUAUUUCUCUUCUUCCGCCACCGAAUCUGCUCCCAAAGUUCCUCACUCUUCCAGAAAAGGGAGAUUAUGGACAGGUUUGCCAUUAGGCCUAGUCAUAGCCGGUGGAGCUUAUGCCAGUACUGUGGACGAAGCAACUUUCUGUGGUUGGCUAUUCUCUGCAACAAAACUUGUGAAUCCAUUCUUUGCCCUCCUGGAUGCAGAGGUUGCUCACCGUUUGGCUGUUUCAGCAGCCGCUCGUGGAUGGGUUCCUAAGGAGAAGAGGGCUGAUCCAUCAAUAUUGGGACUGGAAGUGUGGGGAAGGAGGUUUUCCAACCCUGUAGGUCUUGCUGCUGGGUUUGAUAAAAAUGCUGAGGCUGUUGAAGGAUUACUUGGGUUGGGUUUUGGCUUUGUGGAGGUCGGCUCAGUGACCCCUGUUCCACAGGAUGGUAACGCAAAGCCUCGUAUCUUUAGAUUGCGGCAAGCGGGUGCCAUAAUCAAUAGGUGCGGUUUCAAUAGUGAAGGGAUUGUCACUGUUGCCAAGAGAUUGGGUACCCAGCAUGGGAAGAGGAAGUUGGCUGAAACUUCAAGCACUUCAUCUUCCCCUGAGGAAAUCAAACAAGGAGGAAAAGCUGGUCCUGGAAUUCUUGGCGUCAACCUAGGGAAAAAUAAGACAAGUGAAGAUGCAGCUGCAGAUUAUGUACAAGGGGUUCAUACAUUGUCCCAGUAUGCAGAUUACUUGGUAAUUAAUGUUUCAUCACCUAACACCCCUGGGUUACGCCAGCUUCAGGGAAGAAAGCAGUUAAAGGACCUUGUUAAGAAGGUUCAAGCAGCACGGGAUGAAAUGCAGUGGGGUGAAGAAGGCCCACCUCCGUUACUUGUCAAAAUUGCUCCAGACUUGUCUAAACAGGACCUUGAAGAUAUAGCAGCUGUUGCUCUUGCUCUCCGUUUAGAUGGACUGAUUAUAUCAAAUACAACCAUUUCAAGACCAGAUCCUGUGAGUAAUAACCCCGUGGCUGAAGAAGCCGGUGGCUUAAGUGGAAAGCCUCUCUUUACAUUAUCCACCAAUAUCCUGAAAGAGGUCUAUGUUCUAACAAAGGGGAAGAUUCCUUUAAUUGGUUGUGGAGGUGUCAGCAGUGGUGAGGAUGCAUACAAGAAGAUACGAGCUGGGGCAACUCUUGUUCAGCUGUAUACAGCAUUUGCCUAUGGGGGACCUGCCCUCAUACCUGAGAUGAAGGCGGAACUAGCCAGAUGCUUAGAAAGGGAUGGCUUCAAGUCUGUUCAUGAAGCAGUUGGAGCAGAUUUUAGGUAGCUUCAAUCUCCUUCCUCAUUGCCUAGAGGAUGCUGGGAGCUGCUCCAAUCUACCUUUAUUCAUUUAUUGACACUCAAUCUGUACAUCGUUCAGUUUUUAUUUUACUUUUUUGCCCUUUUCACAUUUUUGGGUUGGGGAAGAGAUCCUUGAAGAUAUAGUAGACGACAUUGGACGGGAUUUUGAAGCUUUGAUUCGAUCUCCAGGGGAGGAAUUUUGAACUUUCUUCUUGUGGCUGGCAUUUGUAAGCUCGUGCAUCCCCAGCAAUGCGUAUAAUUUAUCCAAUUUUGAUGUUAGAAGACGCACGUGUUAUAGGGAUCUCACGUUAUAUUGUUGGCUUUGUAAUGACCUCAAUGGGGUACCCACCCAGGUGGAGUACUGAUCCUUUUUUAUUUU